AUGUCAACCGCAGGGACUCCACCCACAGCAGAUGCUGGAUCUUCCGAUGAAGCUUCUCAAAGUGCAUUUGUAAACCCGACCGCUAAUAACUCCGCUCAAGAUCAUCCUGAUGGUGCCGACAUCCGUCGUCAAGUAGAAUACUACUUCUCUGAUGAGAACCUUCCCACAGACACGCAUUUAUUGCAAUUCUGUGGCGGGCGUGAGAACCUUCCCGCUUCCAUCAACCGCAUCUGCGGGUUUCCGAGGAUGCGACAGUACAAACCUAAAAGCCUAGUCAUUGCAGCACUUCGUCUAAGCAACUUCCUCGAAGUUUCUGCCGAUGGCAAAACCAUCAAGCGCAAGAUUCCUUUGCAGGGAAAAUGCCUCCUAGAUCUAGAUUUCUUCGAUGAUGAAGACAUCGCUUACGACCCGCGCGUUCAGAAGCCGGCUCCGCGUCCGGUGCCGUUUUUGCAAAUCAAGAAAGACGCACACCUGGAAGGGGUAUCAAAGAAUAUGAAAAAGCCAACAGGGUUCGAACGAACCUACGUUGAGCCACUCUUGACAGCUGACGAAGCCGCACAAGAAGACGAUAUGUACGCUUCCGACAAGCACUUUGUUGAGCGUAUCGAGAUCGCCAUUCAGCGCUUCAAGAACAAGCGGCGCAUGCGCGAGAUGUACGCACACGUCUUUAAUAAAUUUAUGCGCUUUGGUGGUGUAGAUGCUGGCCCACGCAUGUACCAAGGCCUAUCGAAGCAGGAAAUGAACGAGAUGGACGCCGAAGAGCUCGCCAGAGCACUUGCCAUUCACCACGUACCAUGGGAUCGCGCCAAUGAGACUCAGUGGGUGGUUGAUUUUGCCGGUGUCUGCAAAGGCUUCCUUUCAUCUUGGUAUCCCGCUCACUACGGCUUCGCUCCCCAUCUGAUCAAGAAUGCCUGUCAAGUCCUUCGCUCCUUCUUCAGGUAUCUCAGAUUUCAUAGAGUCUGCCCUGAGUAUGACGACCAACUCGCUGCUGCACUCGACAUUUGUGACAACGCUGAGGAGCAGCUUCCCAAAGCCAAUGCUGUAGGCCUUGCCUUGACAGGAGACUUUAACAAGUCUGCCAGCGUCGUUUUUGGCGGUGCUCAAGCUUGCCUUUACACUGGUAACAAGAGUUGGGCCGAGGAGUUAAGAGAGGAGGGCGUGUACAAUGAAGAGAUUGGUAUUUCUGAGGAAGAGGCCAAGGUCAAGCUUGGCAUUGGGAUUGCCAUCAUGGGUUCGGACGAGCAGUUCGGACUGUACCAGUCAUCCAAGUUGGAGGUCCUCAGUAAGAAGUCGACCUACCUCGAAGUGGUCGCCAUCCACCCACCCGACUGUGACACCAAAGCGGCCUAUGACGCGCAGAGCAUGCUCUACGGGCACAAACUGGAACUUCAACCUCUUGGGAAACUGAUCUGCAAGACCUGGCACCUCACAGGAUGCGAGGAGUAUGAUCUACCAAAGGACAAGUACCCUAACGGCAAGCCCUGGACAAGUGGUGACAGCCAAGAGUACGAGUUUUGGAUUGAAGGAGAUAUUCUUAGGGAUUGCUUCAUGGGCAUGAAGAUGGACGCUGACAUUCUGGUACUAUCGGGUGGCCUGAAUAUCUUGGACAAUGUCAAGGAAACCAUGUGCAGUUUCUACGUGUGGCUGCCGAAUGAAUUGUGGAUGGAGCGAAAGCCAAAGGAGGUACGGUGGCUGAAGAAGGGCAUGGGUCAUGACGAAAACGAGGACCAGGAUGAUGGCAACGACGAAAAAGAGGCGGAGCAAGUUGCAGACAAAGGAUGUUCGGAUGAUGAGUUUGAUGAUGAGUGA